AUCAUCUACUUGGGUCUGAUUCUGGAGCUUCCUGCUUCAAAGUCCAGCUCAGAAUCAAGAAUCGGGAAUCGAACCUGUUGUCUGUGUCUGUCUGUGCGGACAUGUGGAGCAGGAGCCUCGCUCCGCAGACACUCCUGUGACAGACAUGCAGAGUGUGGAGGCUCUGGUCCGCCUGCUGGAGUCCUACAGAGGGAGAGAUAAAGUUAUCAGGACGGUCUGUUAUGGCUCCCAGCUCGUUGGAGGAGUUCUCUCCCGUAAGGCUGAAACCGACGUCUCGUUCCAGCGGCUCGGGAAAAGCCUGCUUCUGUUUUCUGCUCAGCUGAGUCAGUGCAGGACGGUGCUGAGGCUGUUUGAUGAUCUCUCCAUGCUGGCUUACUCUCACAGCUAUGGGUUUGGAGCAGAGGAGGAGGACUCAGGGGUACGUUGGAUUUCUGUGCUGAACAAUGUGGCCGAUCAGCUCUAUUACCCCUGUGAACACAUCGCGUGGGCCGGCAACGCUGAGCUCAUGAAAGUGAACUCUGACAAAUGGUGGCUGUUCAGCACGGUGCUGUGGGGAACCUCACUCCUGCUGGGAAUACUCAGGUCCACUCGACUUCUUCUGCUGCUGAAGAAGAAGCUGAACAGAAGUGGGAGAGACGCAGCUGACAGCAGUCACGCUCAGCUCCACAAACAGAUGCGAGGGGAGGUUCUCUCCAUCCUUAGCAAAAUGGCUGACCUCAGUAACGCCAUUCACUGGAUGCCGCCUGGCUUCCUCUGGGCUGGUCGAUUCCCCAACUGGUUGGUGGGUCUGAUGGGCACCAUCUCAUCUCUGAUUGGUUUGAUCCAUACGAGCGCUGGCGACUGACCGGACAUUGUCUUCACCUCACAGUGAGGAAAAGAUGAGAGGCUGAGAUCAGCACUGAGCGAAUGACGUACAGUGAAUGAAAGGAUGUGUAGCAGAUCCGCAACAUGUGAAAUUAAAAAUUAUUUGGACCUAUAACUUCAAUCACACAAAUGUGACAUUUAUUUAGAACAUGUUUCUUCACAUGCAGAAUAUGUGAAGAAAUCUUAAUGACUUGGUUAGUCGAAUGCAGUUUUAGAGGAAAAUCAUUCUUGUAUUUAUCACAUAUUGUCUCUUAUUGCCCUCCAGCACUGCUUUAGGGUAGCCUCAUUUUCUAAAUACAUCUACUUUGGCUGGAACUCGUUUGUCUGAGGAGCAGAGGACUCAUUAAACUUUGAGUCCUUGUUUUUCUUUCUGCGAACACAUCAUGUUCCUGGAAGGUCAGAAGUUGAUUUGAUUUCAAUGCAGAUGAGACACAACAUGACACUGAACCUUCACCUGCUCAGUCAAUCAACUUAGAAGGGCACUGUUGAAGCAGGCGAUAUUAUGGCUGUGUUCAGAUUUUAAGAGAAAUAUAAUGACGUGAGGCUGAUAAAUUGUUGCCUCAAACACUCCAUAUAUCUGUAUAUGGACAUGUUAUACCUUAUUAUGAUUGUGAUGACUGGACUGUUAAAAUCUUUCAAAUGGAAAUGAUGUUGAUGUGACUGUGUAUCUCUUUGUAAUUGAGGAAUCAAAAUGUGAGAUUUUGGAAACAGGGUUCGUAUGCCUUAUGCAACAAUGAUGGUCUAUUGUGUGGAAACAGUCUGUGUUGCUGCUCAAAUGGAACAGAAGAUAAGUGUAUCUGUGUAAAGUAUAAAAUGAUUGUAGAUCAUGUAAAAUAAUGAAACUUUUUGAUUAAACUCUUGUAUUUUC